CCUAUUCUUUGUCCGCCCUGAAAUUCUUCCAUUUUUUUUUCUCUCUCCGUCAUUAUUAUCUAUGGGGGAUCUGUACGGACUCCAUCUCGUCGCCGAUUACUCUCAUCAGUCGUCUUCAGCGCCGCCGUUGGAGAGCCUCGUCUUUCCGGCUAAUUGCCAAACCUAUUCAACUGCUUCUGCAGAUUGUUCUCAUCGACUUCCGGCAUUUGGAUCGGAACUGUUGGCUCCGGUUUCGUCGGCGGCCUCCGAUGCUGCUUUAAUGGUGGAGAUUCAGAGAGCACGUGCUGUCGAGGAGGAAUCUGCCGCUGCAAUUAGAGCGAAAAUUGCUUCUCAUCCUCUUUAUCCUAAGCUUCUCGAGGCGUUUGUCGACUGCCAAAAGGUGGUUUUCUAUUCUGAAAAGGUCGGCGCACCGCCGGAGACGAUUGUCAACAUUCUUGACGAAAGCCAACGAAGAAAUGACAUCGGCGUUUCAACUUGCUUGGGUGCCGAUCCCGAACUCGAUGUGUUCAUGGAAACGUACUGCGGGAUACUGGCCAAGUACAAGUUGGAUCUGUCCAAGCCCCUCGUUGAAGCAUCUUCAUUCCUCAACAACAUGGAAAUGCAAUUAAACAGACUUUGUAUCGGCGCCACCAGAGGCUACGUUUCCGAUGAGGCUGGUGGUCCAUCGGAAGAGGAUCUGAGCGCCGGAGAAUUGGAACUGCAGGAGUCUCUGCCGGCGAACGAAGAUGGUGAGCUGAAGGAUCGACUCCUACGCAAGUACAGUGGUCAUAUUAGCAGCUUAAAGCACGAAUUCUCAAAAACGAAAAAGAUGGGAAAGCUACCGAAAGAAGCAAGACACAUCCUGCUCGACUGGUGGAACAUCCAUUCCAAAUGGCCUUACCCCACUGAGAUGGACAAAGUUGAGCUGGCCGAGUCGACGGGCCUAGACCAGAAGCAAAUAAGUAACUGGUUCAUAAACCAGAGAAAACGCCAUUGGAAACCAUCAGAAAAUAUGCAAUUUGCUAUUAUGCAUGGUCUUUACGGACCCCUUACGAUGAAUUGAACAAGGAUGAAUGGCUACUUUCCCUUUUCCAUUUUUCAACUCUCAUUAGCGGUACGAAUUUAUAUUCCCUGCCCUAAUGAAGAUGUUUAUUAUAAUAAAUCGAGAUAACAAUAAUUAUCCUUGUUCGAUUACUUGCUUGUUUAAUAUCUUAAUUCCUUCGCGAAGAUCUUACCGCAGAUGGCAUACAAGUUAGAUUUGAAUAGUUCGAAAUUGUGAAAUUAAACUUACAAGAUGUGGAUUUGUUUGUUCUA